AUGUAUCAAUUUAUCUAUUUUUUGAUAAGUUGUUUAUAUCUAAAUAUAGCCAAUGCCAUAUCUUCACAAGAUGGAGAAAAACAAUAUGCAUUGGUGCUAUAUGAUCCAGAAUUGGUACCACUAAAUGAAACAGAUUCUACAAUAUUAACAUCAGAAACUCAACAAUUCUUGAAUUAUCUCAAAACCAACUAUGAUUUAACAAUUGCUGAUUAUAAUGAUGAAGAAGUCACAUUAUUUUAUCAAGAUUAUUUAAGAUUUGAUAAUUUAAUAUUAUUACCAUCACUGAAAAAAAAUAUUAAAAGUAAAUCCAGUUUAGAUCAAGAAUCAUUAAAUAAAUUUAUUAAUGAAGGUGGUAAUAUUUUUGCAGUAGGUGGAUCUUCAAGUACAUUACCUGAUGGAGUAAGGUCAUUUUUAAACGAUAUUGGAAUAUACCCAAGUCCUAAAAAUUAUAAAUAUAUCGACCAUUUUAAUACUAAAAAUAAUAAAAUUCAAUUGAAAGAAGAUAAUUUAGUCCCUGGUAAUAGAAUCAUUGAAAGCUUGAAAAGCAGUGAAUAUAGCGAGGGAAAUUCAGUCUUAAUUUCUAACAAUGAAUUAAUUCAACCAAUUAUUAAAUCAUCUAAAACUGGAUACACCAACAAAGUCGGGGAUGCAAUUCAUAGUGAAACAACUUGGACGUUUGGGGAAGAAGGAUAUUUAGCAGUAGGAUUCCAAGCUUUAAAUAAUGCAAGAUUGGUAUGGAUUGGAUCAUUGGAUUUACUCUCCGAUGAAUCGUUAUAUAAAUGGUGUUUUCAAGAAACAGGAGUUAUAAAAUUAGAUUUCGUUCAACAUUCUAAUGCUAAUGAACCUACAAAAUUAAAUCCUCAGUUAUAUAGAAUUAAAGAUAAUGCACUUUAUACGAUAGGAGUAUCAGAAUUAAUUGAUGGAAAAUGGAAUCCAUUUGAAAUUAAAAAUCAAGAAGAUAUUUUACAAUUAUCUUUUAAAAUGUUAGAUCCUUAUCAAAGAUUAAAUUUAUCACCAAUUGGACCAGUAAGUUCUAAAGAAAAUUCAUCCGAAUUGGAUAGUUUUGCUUAUUUUGUAAAUUUUACAGUCCCAGAUCAUCAUGGUAUGUUUACUUUUGAAUUAGAUUAUAAAAGAAACGGAUUGAGUUAUAUAUCAGAUAAAAAAGUUGUGACCGUAAGACACUUAGCAAAUGAUGAAUUUAAAAGAUCUUGGGAUAUUUCAAAUUCCUGGUUAUACAUUGCUAGUACUGUUAUAGUAAUUUUGUCAUGGAUUCUAUUUGUUGUAAAUUAUGUAUAUGUUAUAUAA